UUGGUUAUGAGCGCAUUGGAUGCGUUUUGGGAAGCUCCAUCGGAGAGCUUGUUGUUAAAGCUAACGGUUAAACAGUUAAUAGAGGUGGCAGAACGGUAUUCCAUUGAGAUUACGUUGCCGAAAACUGCCAGGAAGGACCGUUUGGUAGAUUUGAUUUGUGAGAGUUUAAAGGUAAAAGACGUGUUGCCCUUCUUUUGUUCUCCGAUUGUUGAUCCAGUUAUGGAGCAGUCGCCCGGUCAGAAAUCUGAGUCCGCUAUGGCUUAUAGUGGGCUAUCUUUUGAGGAGCAAAAAGUUAUUUUGCAAAUGCAACUCGAGCACAAAAGAUUUGACGCGGAGGAAAGGGAGCAGGAACGUUUGUUGGAGCAGGAUAAGUUACGGUUGGAACAUCUUUGCCUGGACCUGAUGGCGGAGGGGAAAUAUGGGAAUUCCAAGCAGCCAUCGAGUCUUGCGAGUAUGGUUAAGUUUCUCCCUAAGUUCAAUGAGAGGGACCCAGAUGUUUUUUUUUCCCUGUUUGAAAGUGUCGCUAGUGAUCUGGAGUGGACUGGUGAGGAACAAGUUUUAUUUGCCGGAGAAGUGACGAUCGCUGUUCGUCCUUCGCUGCCUGUGGAUGGCAUUGAUUUGAUUUUGGGCAAUAAUUUGGGACAUGGUUCUGUUUUUCCUUUUCAAUCUCCGCCACCGCCUGUGGUCAGUAGGCCUACAGGAGGGGAACUGUCAGUUGAGUCUGACGAGUGUUCUGAGGAGUUCCCGAAGGUGUUCACUGCCUGCGCGGUGACUCGUGCUGUGGCUCGUGCGCAGGUAGAGGAUUCAUCUGGUGUUCCUGUGGUGUUGGCGAAGAUGGUCAUUCCAGUGUUACCAGCGCCAUUGUCGGUGGAUGGGGUCAUUGAGGCUCAGAAAGAGGACGCCACCUUGGAAGGGUGUUUGUCGAUGAUUGUGGAUGAUCAGGGUGUGGAGCGUGACUAUUUUAUCCAAGACGGGUUGCCUCUUGCAGGUACUGCGUCCGGUCAAGUGGUGGUGCAUACCCAAUCUGUUGGUACUCCUUUUGAACACCAGAUCAUUGACUGUGUUGGGCCCCUGCCGGAGUCAGGGUCUGGCAUUGGGUUGAAGCGAGAUUGGGCAGAGGGUUUACCAUGGCUCUUGCUGGCGGCACGGGCAGUCGUGCAGGAAAGUACGGGAUUUGGUCCUAGUGACCUCGUCUUUGGUCACAGGGUGCGGACACCUCUGUCUGUCUUGGGCAGUGAGUUGGGCGGUACAGAACCACCAGAGAGCUUGGCCGACCAUGUCCAAGGUUUUCAUCGCAAGCUGUUCCUUGCAUGGAAGAUGGCGAGCGAAAAUCGGGGUCGUGCUCUUAAGAGAAUGAAGACACCGUAUGACCGUGGCCGGGAAAAUGUAAUGGAGUGAGGGUGAAUGUCUGUCUGUUUCAUGUCAUGUCGUGGUCCGCUUCAGGUGUCCCGUGUAUCCAGGCGCCGGAUAUGCGGGAGAGUGGAGGCGGUAUUAAGGUUGUGAGUAUGACUGUUUGUGGAGUGUUUGGCUGUUGGUUUGAUGUGCAUUUUUUUGGAACAGGUGUGUCUUCCUCUGGGCCUCUGUGUUAUUAAAAAUAUGUUUUUUUUUAUGGGUUUAUGUGGGCAAGGAUAUACACCUGAUAAAGUCACUUGUGGUGAUUGGUAUUGUGUAAUGUUUUUCCCAGAACCCAAUGAGGUGGGCUCCUGUCUUUUGGGGGGGAGUGAUGUGACGCCCCGCUCUGUUCAUUGAGCGCUAGGCCUAUUCCCCCCUCUGCCUGUAGGGUAUAGGAAUAGGCUUGUAUGCUGUUUAUGUGUUGUACUGCUCUCUUUGGCCUGUAGGAGGAGCUUGAGUGUUCCCGGUGUAACAAGGGAAUUGCACGCAGCCGUGUGCUGGCUGCCGGGGAUAAAGGCAGCGUCCUGUGGCCCAAUUCGCUCUCUCUCUCUAGACGCGGUUUGACGGCUGGAUGCAGCGGUCGCAAUGUAUUCUCUGCGCCCGUGUGUAUUUAUGGAAACUGCCUGUCAAUAAAUAUCAUUAUUGUAUUGAGCGUUACCCGACGGUGUCUGUUUCCCUAUGUUCGACGCCUUUGAGCCAAGGCGUUUG